AUGGUCUGGAUCUAUGGGGGAGGGGGCUCAUUCGGGCAGAUCUACGACUCAGCCAACGACCCGACAGGUCUCGUGACCGGCGCUGACCAGAAGGGCUUCCCUAUCAUCUACGUUGCCAUGAAUUACCGCGUCGUGAUCUUCGGGUUUGCUGCCUCUCCCGCGCUCGCGGCCAGCGACUCCCUGAAUCUAGGGUUGUUGUCACGGCAUACGGCGGUCGGGGAAAGAAAGCACCCUUCCAACCCGCCAUCAUGGAAUCGGGGCAGCCCAAUGGGCGAUCCAGGAACAGCCGGCAAUAAGUCUUCGGUGCAUACCGCACAAUUGACCAAGCUGGUCAAUUGCACCGGGACAGCCAGCAUAGCGGAGUGCAAUGACUACGCACGUUGCCCUUGCAGCAACUCAACGCAACGGCCGUCGCGUACGAGGAGGCCGUCGGCGGUGACUCGGGCAUGGAUGUCCUUCAUCUCCAACUCCCCGUCCAGCUUCAUUCCUGACAGACCCUGUCAGCACCUAGCCACCGGCCAGUUCUCCCGCAACAUCGAUACCCUUGGCGGCUGGAACGAGAAUGACGGCUCAUUCUCCACCCUGCCUACCCUCGCCUCCGACACGCAGGUGGCCUUGUUCCUGAACAUCUUGGCGCAGUACUUUCGCGCGAGCCGAAUGAAGCGCGACACCGAAUUCUCCUGUCCCGCGCUCUACACCGCGCAGAUGACUGCGCGGUACGCCACCGUGCCCACCGCCACGAACUGUCUGUUCGCCUUCAACCAAACGCUCUUCCGAUCCUGGUACGCGGCCACCAGUAGCUCCGACCUCGGGGUCUCGCACUUCAGCGACAUUCCCUACGUCUUCAACCAGGCGCAGAGCAGUCCGCGAUACGCCCCGUACGCCACGCUGGCCGAUGGCCUCCUUUCCUCAGAGAUGAGCGGCAGCUGGGCGGCCUUUGCAGCAUUCGGGUCUCCCUCGCAUGGCAAUGGCACGAUUGCUGGCUGGACGGGCCUAACCAACGAGCAGUUCCCCGUUCAGAUUAUCGGUGGUCCGGACAGUGGGGUUCGGGAAAGCGGGCAGAAUGUCAUCCGGGGCGGGUACGAGGGCCUGGCCGCUCGAUGUGCGUUUUAG